AUGGGAGCAACAGGCAGUAAGGCCACCAGCGCGGGACUGCCUCCCGUGAACGCCCCUGUUGACUCGCGUCAAAUCUCUACUCCUGCUGGCCCUGCGCCUCCCGCUGCAGCUCCUGCUGUUUCAGAAGCUUCGUCUGCUGCUUUGAAACCAGAAGCAGUAUCAGAAGGGAAGACAUCAGCUGCAGCCGCGCUAGCAACAGUAGCACCAGCAGCAGCCGCACCAAUAGCAGAGACAGCAACAGCAGAUGCAGCAGCGGUGGCAGCAGCAGCAGCACGGGAGCAGCGGUUGCGAGCAGCGGAGUUGGAGGCGAGGGCGCGGGUGCUGAGCAGCAAGGUGCGGUGCGUGGAGUGCGGGCACCAGAGCAUCGAAGAAUCCAAUGCUGACGUGGCCAUUUUCAUGCGCAAGAUGAUUCGGGACGAGCUGAGGGCGGGGCGACAGGAGGGGGAGAUACUGGAGUCACUCAAAAGCGAGUAUGGGGACUCAGUGGUCUACUCCCCGCCCUUCCACGGCGCCUCUGCUGCUCUCUGGCUCACUCCGUCAUUCCGCCGCUGUCCCUCGUCCCUCUCCUCCGCUCCACCCGGCCCCUCUUGUUGCUGCCUCCACCAGGUGUUUGUGCUCACAGCAGCAGCCGCAUCCGCUGUGCGUCAACAGUCAUGUGAUGCCAUUGCCUGCACUGUCAUCUGUGCUACACCCAUUGCCGCCUUCUUAGCACCAACUGGCGUCUAA